CCUUUAAAUUUAUUUUAAAGAAGAGUUGAGAAUAUAGACUUGCAUGUAAAUUAUUGAUAAAUUAAUUGGCCUUUUACUUUAAAUAUACACGUGUAAAUCUAUAAGUGGUCACGGAAACUUUCCUUUUAUUCGCCGGUUAACGUUAAAACAAAACAUAAACAAGUGCUUGGGACACGUAAGUGCUGUGAGUGUUAUUAUUAUUUAUUCGAACCGAAAAUAUGGACCGCUACAAACUAUUAGUGCUUGUUCUGUGUUUUUCGUUGACGACUACCGACCCCGUUGGACCCGAAUCACGAAGGGACUCCGAGAAAAACGAAGAAGAUGAUGUCUCGAAUGAAGUUGAAGAAACGAAAGGGAAACCCGAUUCAGAGUACAUCAAAGAACUGACUGAUGCUAUGAAUAAAGAGAUAUUGACGUUACAGGAGUAUGCUGAUGCUAUGAAGAGUCAGUCGUCAAAAGAUGAAACAAAUAAAGAAUCACACUUAGAACAAAUGGCAUACACUUUAAAGCUCUUACAGAAAAGUCUUAAGAAGCACUCUGAACCAACUUGGCUUCCUAACCAAAAAGCAGAACUGUCUGUAAAUGAGAAACCACUAGAGGAGAACCCACAGGAUAUUCUGAACAGUCUACCACCAUUACCAGAGGAGACAGAACCAGAAUUAACUCCCGAAUUAAAAGAAGCCAAAGAAUUGUAUGAUGCUGCAGUAGCAAAACUAGAUCGUCGAACUUUGGAUGUCGAUGCUUCCAUCCUUCAGAUCAAGCAGGCAGCCGAAGUCGGAUAUGUGCCGGCUAAGAUCAAGCUAGCCUGGUCAUACCUCUAUGGGGAGGGGGUCGAAAUAGAUUUCGAAAAAGCUAAGAGCAUAUUUGAAGAGCUGGCAGCCGAAGGGAAUGCUGAUGCCCAUGCGGGCAUGGGCUUCUUAUACGCAACAGGCAUCGGAGUCCCAGUGUCGCAGGCAAAAGCCGUGGUGCAUUACACUAUUGGUGCGAUAGGUGAUAGCUCGUACGCACAGAUGGCGCUGGCGUAUCGAUACUGGAGCGGUCACACGGUGCAGAGCUCAUGUCCGAAAGCAAUGGAUCUAUACAUGAAGGUGGCUGCCAAAGUGGCAAGUAAAAUGACAUUGAACGGAGGCCCGGCCAUACAUCGCACGCGGCUCAUCGACGAGGUGGAGGGCGGCGGCGGAGCCCUAGACACGGAUCUCAUCGAGUACUACCAGCUCCUCGCCGAGAAGGGUGAUGUACAAGCACAGGUGGGUCUGGGGCAGUUACACUUCCAAGGAGGUCGCGGCGUGACCCUGGACAUCAACAAAGCGUAUCACUACUUCCAACAGGCGGCCAAGACGGGAAAUGCUGUGGCGCACGCCUUCCUUGGAAAGAUUUAUUUAGAAGGCGGAGACGGCAUAGUGGCAGACAACGACACGGCAUUCAAGUACUUCAAGAAGGCGGCUGAACUGAACAACCCUGUGGGCCAAAGCGGACUAGGGUUGAUGUAUUUACAGGGCCGCGGCGUUCCCAAGGACACGACGGCCGCGUUCAAGUACUUCACGAUGGCCGCCAACCAGGGCUGGGUCGAGGGGCAGUUCCAUCUGGGCUUCAUGUACUUCGGGGGCAUCGGCGUGCGGCGCGACUUUAAGCAGGCCAACAAGUACUUCUCCCACGCGUCCCAGUCCGGCCACGUGCUGGCGCUGCACCAGCUCGCGCUCAUGCACGCUCACGGGCUCGGCGUGCUCAAGUCCUGCACCACGGCCGUAGAGCUGCUGAAGAGCGUGUGCGAGCGCGGGCGGUGGGGCGCGCGGCUGCAGGCGGCGCACGGCGCGUGGCGCGCGCACUCCCCGCACCGCGCCUUCCUGCAGUACGCCGCGCUGGCCGAGCGGGGCUACGAGGUCGCGCAGACCAACGCCGCCUACCUGCUCGACAACGGCGACGUCCGGCUGUUCCCGGAGGCGGAGCGCCACGUCCGCGCGCUGCAGCUGUGGGGCCGCGCCGCCACGCAGGGAUGCAGCGCCGCCAGGGUCAAGCUCGGGGACUACCACUACUACGGGCUCGGGACCCCACAGGAUUUGGAAGCGGCCGCUCAUCAUUACAGGAUAGCAUCAGAGCAGCUGCACAACGCGCAGGCUACCUUCAACCUGGGUUACAUGCACGAGCGCGGCUUGGGACUAGCCAAGGACGCGCACCUCGCCAAGCGGUGCUACGACCUCGCCGCCGACACCGCGCCCGACGCCCGCCUCCCCGCCGCCCUCGCCCUCGCCGCCCUGCACACGCGCCUCGCGCUGCAGGACCUCGCCACUUACGUAUUGCAGAGUCCACUCGCGAUGAUCUUCAUAACCGGAGACGAGUCCGCUCUCCUGUACAACUGGGACCUGUACGUGAUCACCACACUGCUCGGGAUGCUGGGAGUGGUCAUGUACAUGAGGAGACCACAGCAGCAACAGCAGCAGCAGCAGGCCGCGAAUUAAAUCGAUUCCAUCAGUGAUAUCGUCAUGAAAAUUGUGUUCGAUUAUACUACCAAUCUUUAAUACACCAUAAACUUUAUUUCAUUCAUUUUUAUUUACCUAAUGGUAAUAAUAAAAAAAUGUUUUCACUAAUGGAAAUAAAAAUGAAAAUAAACACAAAUCAUAUCUCGUCAUCAUAGACGGUAAAUACUUUGUUGAGAUCGUGCGAAUAAUCGAUUCGUAUAAAAUAUCGAUAAACAUCGAUUAAAUGUCGAACAGACCGCACUAGUACAAUUUUGAAAUACCGAUCGUUGACUCCAUUUAUUUAUUGUUCUAUAGAAAACUGUUAAAAUCGAUUUGCAAUUUAUAAAGUUUCUAUUCGUUUGUUUAGUAGUUGUCUUAUUCUUUGUUGAAGCGAUAAUUUUUGUUUUGUUUAUUGUAAUCAUAAAAUUACAUCUCACACGAAUGAUUUUUUGAUUGAUUGAUGAAUUGUUUUUUUUUUUUUUGUAACGGUAUUUUUGUGUUAUUACGUUGUUAAAAUCAAUUCAGUAAUAUUAUAAAGUGCCGUAAGUAUUAAGUAUGUCUGCUCGCCCGCCAUAAAACCAUAAGGCGCUUUUCUUAAAUGGUUCGGUAAAAUGUAAAAAUACAGGGUGUUAUUUUUUUUUCAAAUUAAGUGGCGCGUUGUGUUUUGCCAUCUAAAUCAUUUUCAAUUACAAUAACCAUAAAUGCUGCAAAGUUAUUCAGUCAGAUUUAAAACCUUAAUAAAUAAAUAUAGCCCUUGUAGGCAGACGAGCGCACGGCACACCUGAUGGCGAGUGGUCACCGUCGCUUAUAGAAUUUCAAAUAUUUAAAAAAAAGAUUAUUUUUAUGCACACCAAAGCUAUUUUCGAAUUAAGCUUAAAUAAUAGUUUUUAUAAUUUUGUAUUUGAUAAAUUUCACGGACAUUUGAUUAGACUUUAUAAAGAAAGUUCAUUAUCACGUUAAUUCAUUUCAAAUUUCAAUAUCAAAAAAUUUGGUUCACAUUCGGCAAAUUCAUUGCUCUGGUUGUAUGUAGAUCGAUUGUAUAUAAAUGACAAAUAUGUGAUCAUAAUGAAUAGUAAAUAGGGAAAGAUAUUAAUAUAAUGUUGAUUGAAAA